CCUGGGACACAGGAUGAGGUCAGCACCUCCACAGAGGGGUUUGGAUGACCUACCAAGCAGUCUGAUCUGCCAGCCCCAGAGCAUCAUCUACCACCAUCCCACCGCAACGAGGCUGGCGGAGGGGCCGGGAGCCAUGGGACCCACACAGCCAGUGCCUUGCUGCAGGACCACACUCCCCACCCUAGCCUGUCUGUCUGGACGUCUCCUUUCAUCCCAGCUCCCCAUGAUGCCAUAAAGGCAGUGACAACCCAAGGAGGAGAAGCGAGGAGCCACCCCGGGUGAUGCUCGCCCUGCUCCCGCUGGCGAGGGGGCUGAGUCCGUGGCCCGUCCCAGCAGCGGUGGGGUUAAGCCUGGCCGGGCGGGCGGCUGGCCGGGCGUCAAGGUGGUUGCUCCAUCCCUGCGCAGGGGCCGGAGAGGGAGCACUGCCCUGCCCGCCACCAUGAGCGCAGGCAAAGCAGGCAUCACCCUCCUGCUCGCCCUGGCCCUGCUGCUGGUCACUGCCUCCCAGCCACCCGGGGGGGACAGCCUGAAGGAGCAGGGGGACACGGACCCCCCUCGCUGCCCCAGCCCUUGCGCCUGCAGCUUGGACGACUACAGCGAGGAGCUUAACGUCUUCUGCAGCGCCCGCAACCUGACACACCUGCCCGAGAACAUCGCCUCCAACGCCAAAGCCCUUUGGCUGGACGGCAAUAACUUCACCCUGCUGCCGGCUGCUGCCUUCAGGAAUCUCUCAGCCCUGGACUUUCUGGACCUGCAGAGCAGCCAGCUGGCCGCUGUGGAGCAGCACGCCUUCCACGGGCUGAGGAACCUCUAUCACCUCCAUCUUGAACGCAACCGCCUCAAACACUUGGCUCCCCACACCUUCCUGCACACCCAGAACCUCGUUUCCCUCAGCCUCAACAACAACUACUUCAGCAAGGUGGAGGAAGGGCUGUUUGCUGGGCUCUCCAACCUCUGGUAUCUGAAUCUGGGCUGGAACUCGCUUGUGGUCCUGCCCGACAAGGUCUUCCAUGACUUGCCCAACUUGAGGGAGCUGAUCCUGGCCGGGAACAAGCUCCCCUACCUGCAGCACCAGCUCUUCUGCAGCCUCACCGAGCUGAAGGAGCUGGACCUGAGCGGGAAUGCACUCAAGGGCAUCAAGAUCAACAUCUUUGUCAAGCUGCAGAAGCUACAGAAGCUGUACCUGAACCACAACCAGAUCACUGCCAUUGCGCCCCGCGCCUUCAUAGGCAUGAAGUCCCUCCGGUGGCUGGAUCUAUCCCAUAACCGGCUUGCCUCACUAUUUGAGGACACGUUUCUGGGCCUCCUGAGCCUGCAUGUCCUACGCUUGUCCACCAACUCCAUCAGUAGCCUGAGACCUAGGACUUUUAAAGACCUCCAGUUCCUGGAGGAGCUGCAGUUGGGGCACAACAGGAUCCAGAGCCUGGCGGAAAGGACCUUUGAUGGGCUGGGCCAGCUGGAGGUCCUCAGCCUCAACAACAACCAGCUACAAGAUGUUAAGGUUGGGGCAUUCCUGGGGCUGCACAACGUGGCAGUGAUGCACUUGUCUGCAAACUGCAUCAAGGUCCUCCCUGACUAUGUCUUCAAGGGAGUCACCAAGCUGCACAGCCUCCACCUGGAUCACAGCUGCCUCAGCAGGAUCCGGGUAAACACCUUCUCCAGCCUCUCCAGCCUGCGGCGGCUCUUCUUGCAGCACAAUGUCAUCUCUGUCAUCGAAGACCAGAGCUUCAGCGAACUGCACGAGCUCCUGGAGCUCGACCUGAAGCACAACAGGCUGAGCCACCUCUCACCCCAUCUCUUUGUGGGUCUCAGAAACCUGGAAUACCUCUUCCUCUCCUCCAACCAGCUCCUGGAGAUCUCCCAGGACACCUUCAGCCCGCUCCAGAGACUCUUCUGGCUUGACCUGUCUCACAACCAGCUGGAGACACUGGAUAACACUGUCAUCUCCCCCCUGGCCAACCUGCGGUACCUCAGCCUGAGGAACAACUCACUGGAGACCUUCUCAGUGGGAUUCCUGUGUGCUUCCUUUUCCCUGGAGCAGCUGUGGCUGGGGGGCAACAACUGGCACUGCAACUGCUCCCUGAAGGGCUUGCGGGACUUCUCCUUGCAGCACCCCGUGGUGGUCCCGCGCUUUGUGCAGUCCGUGGCCGAGGGGGACGAUGUCCAUAUCCCCGUCUACACCUACAACAACCUCACCUGCCUCCACCCCCCAGCUGUGGCAGGCCUGGACCUGCGUGACACCACUGAGGACAGCUUUGCUCACUGCUGAGGUGUGCUGGCCCUUCCCAGAGGACAUGUUACUUCCCAGCUAUGGAUCCUUGCCUGGCCCCAUCCCAGGCUCCCCAGGGCAGCAGCGGGAGCUCCAGCUCCAUGGCCACCCCGGGUUAGCUCAGCUUUGCCACGGCCUCCAGCUGCCACAGCAGGAAGAGCCAUGCCUGGGUGAUGAGCUCCUCAGGCUUCAAACUGCAAUACUGCAGUCCUUUAAUAUUUAAAUAGUCAGCAGAGCAUCUCCAGGAUGGGGCUUUGAGCAACCUGAUCCAGUGGGAGGUGGCCCUGCCAGUGGCAGAGGGUGGAACUGGACGGGCUUUGAGGUCCCUUCCAACCCAAACUAUUCUAUGUAAGCUGCACCCCUAUCCCAGAGCCCUCCCCAUGGCGAGGGACCAGGACUCAUCACUGACACAAAGCAAAUCAUCUUCCCGCCAUGGAGCAGCUAAGAAAUCCCCAAAGCCCCCUGAGCUCCCCAGGAGGUUUAGGGAAGGGGCAGAUGAGUUGCUUCAACCACUCCUUGCACCAGCAGGUGUAGGCAGGGUGCAAAAAGCCACACACACGUCACUUACCUGAUAAAUCGUAGCAGACAAAUAAACCUUUGGAGCUAUCGCAACCCAUCUUGUAAGUAUGUUUUUUCCGAAGCACGUGCUGCACCCAGGGUUUCUUAUCGGAGCCCCUCGGAGCUUGCAGAUGCAGAACGAAGAGUGUGGGCUCCCCACGGCGCUGGAGGAGUUUGCAAGCCCCGGGUGGGUGCCACGUGCCCAGGGAGGGAGCGAGAGGUG